GGCGGGCGGGCGGCGCUCCGUGCCCGCGCGCCGGGCGCUCGGUGGCCGUUCCGUCCGCUCGGCGCGCGGCCCCGCCCCCGCGGUCACACCACCCGCCCGGCCGGCGCUGCGUCAGCCCGGCAAGAUGGAGACCGCCGAGGAAGAUAUAUGCAGAGUCUGUCGAUCGGAAGGAACUCCUGAGAAACCCCUCUAUCAUCCAUGUGUGUGUACUGGCAGUAUUAAAUUUAUUCAUCAGGAAUGCUUAGUUCAGUGGCUUAAACACAGCAGAAAAGAAUACUGUGAAUUAUGUAAGCACAGAUUUGCUUUCACACCAAUUUAUUCCCCAGAUAUGCCUUCACGGCUUCCAAUCCAGGACAUCUUUGCUGGACUGGUUACGAGUAUUGGCACAGCAAUACGAUACUGGUUUCAUUAUACACUUGUGGCCUUUGCAUGGUUGGGAGUAGUACCUCUUACUGCAUGUCGUAUCUACAAGUGCUUGUUUACUGGCUCUGUGAGCUCACUACUGACACUGCCAUUAGAUAUUCUGUCUACGGAGAACUUACUGGCUGACUGUUUGCAGGGCUGUUUUGUGGUGACGUGCACUCUGUGUGCGUUUAUCAGCCUUGUGUGGUUACGUGAACAGAUCGUCCAUGGAGGAGCACCACAGUGGUUGGAACAAAAUCAACAACAGCCACUCAAUGGUGUUGGUCAACAAAAUGAGGCUCAGGCUGCUGUAAAUGGAGGUGUUGAAAAUGCUGUGCUUGAUCAACCUGCUAACCCAGCUGCUGAGAAUGUAGUUGUAGGUGAGAACCCUGAAAUUCAAGAGGAACAAGUAGAUGAAGAAGAGGAAGAUAAUGAAGAUGAAGAGGAUGCUGUAGUAGAAGAUGCAGCAGAUGCAAACAAUGGAGCACAAGAUGACAUGAACUGGAAUGCUCUGGAAUGGGAUCGAGCAGCCGAAGAGCUUACUUGGGAGCGAAUGCUUGGACUUGAUGGAUCUCUAGUUUUCUUAGAACAUGUCUUUUGGGUUGUGUCUUUAAAUACGCUGUUCAUACUUGUAUUUGCAUUUUGUCCAUACCACAUUGGUCAUUUCUCCAUUGUUGGCCUGGGCUUUGAGGAAUAUGUCCAAGCAUCUCACUUUGAAGGCCUGAUUACAACUAUAGUGGGAUAUGUUCUUCUAGCAGUGACUCUAAUUGUUUGUCAUGGUUUGGCAGCGCUUGUUAAGUUCCAGCGAUCACGUCGCUUACUAGGAGUUUGCUAUAUUGUUGUCAAGGUUUCCUUGUUAGUGGUGGUUGAAAUUGGUGUGUUUCCUCUCAUUUGUGGCUGGUGGUUGGAUAUAUGCUCCUUGGAGAUGUUUGAUGCCACUCUGAAAGACAGAGAAUUGAGCUUUCAGUCUGCCCCAGGCACCACAAUGUUUCUGCACUGGUUGGUUGGAAUGGUUUAUGUCUUCUAUUUUGCAUCCUUCAUCCUUUUGCUAAGAGAGGUAUUGAGACCUGGUGUCUUAUGGUUUCUCAGGAAUUUGAAUGAUCCAGACUUCAAUCCCGUGCAGGAAAUGAUUCACUUGCCCAUCUAUAGACAUCUCAGGAGGUUUAUCUUAUCAGUGAUUGUUUUUGGAUCAAUUGUACUGCUCAUGCUCUGGCUUCCUAUACGCAUUAUUAAGUAUCUCCUGCCUAAUUUUCUUCCAUAUAAUGUUAUGCUCUACAGUGAUGCUCCCGUAAGUGAACUUUCCCUAGAGCUGCUUUUGCUUCAGGUAGUGCUUCCAGCUUUGCUAGAACAAGGACAUACGAGACAGUGGUUGAAAGGUCUUGUACGAGCAUGGACUGUUACUGCUGGAUACUUGCUGGAUCUUCAUUCUUACCUACUUGGUGAUCAGGAAGAGAAUGAAAACAAUGCAAAUCAGCAACCUAACAACCAGCAUGCUCGCAAUAAUAAUGCCAUUCCAGUUGUGGGCGAAGGUCUCCAUGCAGCCCAUCAAGCCAUACUUCAACAAGGAGGACCUGUGGGUUUCCAGCCUUAUCGCAGGCCUUUAAAAUUCCCACUCAGGAUAUUUCUUUUGAUUGUUUUCAUGUGCAUAACGUUACUGAUUGCUAGUCUUAUCUGCCUUACCUUACCAGUGUUUGCCGGCCGAUGGUUAAUGUCAUUUUGGACGGGGACUGCCAAAAUCCAUGAGCUGUACACAGCUGCCUGUGGUCUUUAUGUCUGUUGGCUGACUAUCCGAGCAGUGACAGUGCUGGUUGCCUGGAUGCCACAGGGUCGUAGAGUCAUUUUCCAGAAGGUCAAAGAAUGGUCUCUCAUGAUAAUGAAGACAUUGAUAGUGGCUAUACUGCUUGCUGGUGUGGUUCCACUUUUGCUUGGUCUUCUGUUUGAACUGGUCAUCGUCGCGCCUCUGAGAGUUCCUUUGGAUCAAACACCUCUCUUCUACCCUUGGCAGGACUGGGCUCUUGGAGUUUUGCAUGCCAAAAUAAUUGCUGCCAUAACACUGAUGGGUCCCCAGUGGUGGCUGAAAACUGUUAUUGAACAGGUAUAUGCAAAUGGAAUUCGUAACAUUGACUUACACUUCAUCAUCCGUAAACUGGCUGCACCCGUCAUCUCCGUCCUCUUACUUUCCCUUUGUGUGCCGUACAUCAUAGCUUCUGGUGUUGUACCUUUGCUGGGAGUUACUGCUGAAAUGCAGAACCUUGUUCAGCGACGGAUUUAUCCUUUUCUGCUUAUGGUGGUGGUUUUGAUGGGAAUUCUGUCCUUCCAAGUCCGCCAGUUCAAGCGCCUUUAUGAACAUAUUAAAAAUGACAAGUACCUUGUCGGACAACGGCUUGUGAAUUACGAACGGAAGUCUGGUAAACCAGGCACAUCAACAGCACCACCUCAGUCUUCACAAGAAUAGAUGUCAUAUUAAACAUCUUGACCUUCCCUUUGCCUUUACAUGUCCUUUUUUCAUAGACUCUUCUUGUCUUUGGAUAUCUCUCCCAAUAAUACUCUCAGCAGUGUUUUGGCUUCUGUUGGUAGCAUCCAGAUAGCAGUUAAGGCUCUGUUUCUUAUCUGCAUUUUCUGAUGUUAUAAAUGCUGUCUGAGGUCUGUAUAUGUGUAUAUAGAAGUGUCCUGACACCCUAAAACCUUGGAUUAAAAAGAAUGUGCAUUGUACAUCUUUAAAAAGUAUAUUAAUUUAUUAAAUCUAGUUGUCACUUUAUUUUGGACUGCUGUUCUGUUGACAAUGUGCCACAAAGCAAUAGUGUGAAGAGGCAAGAUGUUUUUAUAAAAUUUGGAGCUUACUUUAUGGUGUUCAUAACAGUUCUUAUUGUAGUAAUACAGUAUGAUUUUUCAUGAGUGGAAAGGCCACAUAGAGAAUAUCAAAAGUAAAUAACUGUCUUACAGUCAGCAAUGAAGUUGCUGUGUUGAGAACAUAAUGAACUAUGUAUCUUACUGUCCAGUCUUUUUUAUUAUUUUGUAUAACACCAAAGCUGUUGUACAUUUUUCUAUUGCCUGAUUGUUUUUCAUGUGUCAGAGUUUGUAAUAUUGUACAGUUGCUGUUAAAUCAAGGAAAUACUUCCUCUUCUGAGAAUUCAGAUGUACUUGUUGAGGCUCAGCUGGAUUUUUUUAUUUGGUUGAAGGGGGUAGAUGGGUGUUGGCUUUGGGAUCAGGAUUUCAUUAAUUGAAACAGUAAAAAGUAAAAAUUUACUAAGGCUAGGUGAUGGAAGCAUUUAAAGGUACUAAGAAAAAUUAGAUAGGUUCACAACUUAAACUGUAGCAAAUUUCUUAUCAAGAUUAGAAUUUUUCAGGAUCUUAAGAAAAGGGAUGAACCUUAACUGAUGUGCUUGCACAGCACAAAGAGCAUAAUGUAAGAAACAUGCUGACCUGAUCCUUAGUUAAAGAGCUUGAAAUCUUUUUUCUGUAAGUUACCAAAGUUGAAAAUUGUAGUAUGAAUUUUAUAUUGCACAAUUACUUUUAAAAAAACCAACCCAACCAAAAAAAAAAUUCUCUCAGAAUUGGUCACUGUGAAUUUUUAUGGGAAUAAUACUGAGGAAGUGAUUUAUCAUGUACCAUUUAUGGCCUGAGGAGCAGGGAAAUACAUAUGCUAUUAAAUAGGCAAGGAAAAGUUAUCAGAUUUCUUUGCAAGAAUACAGUCAAACAAGAGCCACCAAAUCAAGUCUGUGUUAUUUCUAUAUGUAGAUAGAGUUCUUUUGCAGUAAUGUCUGGGGGUGGGGGUUAUGUAGAUAAAGAAAAUACAUAACAGUAUCACAAAGCUUUAAGUAGCAUCAAAUCACACGCUUAGAUUGCAGUAUCUUUCCUGGACCAAUGCAGAAAAUGUGAAUAUCCAUUGCAGUAAUGAGAAAAUUGAUGGAACAUUUAACUUGCUAUUCAGUACACUCUCCUUCAGUAUUCUGUACUUUACCGUGUGUAUAUAAUUAUUACUUGAGAAUCUGGCAGGUGCUUUUAAAGUGUCAUCUCCUUUUAUUGAUGUUGCAUCUCUGAUUUGACAUGGUAUGAGCUAAUGUGGUCCAGGAUGUCAUGGUGGUACUUCAUUCUCUUGGUGUCUGGACUCAUGUUCUAAGGCAGCAAGCACAAGCCAAAUACAUCUGAAUCUAGUGGCAGGAGGAUUGGGCUGUCACUCUCAGAUCCAUACUAUUUUACUAUUUUACAGAAUUACUGUUGUCCUGAUGGUUUUGAACCACAAAUACUACCCUUUGGAGUGAUUUAUUAGGAAAUUUCCAGUGAAAUGAAAUCAUAGAAAAAUAGCCAAAAUAUUUCUUUCAUUUACUGUUGAUGAUUUAAUGCUAAACUGAGUAUAUAUUCGCCCCAUAUAUUUUUGAUGUGCAUAAAUAUUGCAUUUGAUCAUUUACAGUGGUGUACAUUGUGGGACAGAUAUAUUUUCACAAUAAUAAAUUCACUGGUAACAUACAUUCUUACUUAUGCCAAGAUUCUGUUUUUGACAUACCUUUCCUAAACAGUUCCAAAAUGGUCUUGCCACUCAAAUAUUGCAAGCACUACUGUCCAUCAUGCGGAAUUUGCAGUAGUGUGGUAUUUGUAACUUUGUUUUUAUCCGGACAAACUGGUCUUAAUAUUAAAAUUUAUGAAGAACAAGCCUUUGUGCUGUUUCUUACUACUGGUAUUUUACAAGUCAUUAAAGAAAUAGCAAAUCAGGCCAGUCAUGCAAUGUGAACCGCAGCUGUUUUGAUGUAGCUUACAUUAUCUGUAUUUGCUUUUAUUUUAUGGAAAACUGAUUUCAAAUCCAACUGUUGUGCUGGUAUUUGCACUGCUUUCCAGAUUCCAGGUGAAGAUUGUUUCCAGAACUGUCCAUUGUGAACUUUCCAGAAAUCUCAUCUCCUUAUUUUUACACAUUUUUUGAAAGAAUAUGGAGGUUGUAGAGAACAGGAAUUAAAUAACAGUACUUUAUAAAUUGUUUUAAAUUUCAAUGGUUUGCCUUAUUGUGUGCUGUGUACUCCCCUGGCAUGGAAACUUGAUAAGUAAGCUUGUAAGUUAAGUGGCUGUUUCUGAGACAGCUGAUGAGCACUGUACCAGCGGCAUCCAUCUGUGCUGGAGUGAUGCAGAGUGGUGUGGGCUCCUAUUACUUUUCAAGUUGGAAAGAAUGUGUGUGUGUGUGUAUGCGCACUCUUCCACCACAAUUUGUGUUGACCUUGGUCUUUACUGUGGAGGGAUUGGAGAUGUAUACUGGCUCAGUUGUAUCCCCUUUGUGUGUUGAGAACCUAGCGAUGUUAUUAGUUCUACAGACCUUCGUAAAAGAACUGCAGAUGGCUCUGUAGCUAUCUUGUGCAUAUUGAAAGAAGUUAAUCGCAGCAUGGCUUUGACUGUUUUUACACAGAUUAUUUUAUAUUGAUUAAAAAUAGUUAAAACUCUG